GUUGAGGAUCAUCCCACGUUGGAAACCUUAAAAGUUGUAUGUUACACCGACAGAGAGAGACCGACAAAGCAGAGAAACGAAAAAACAAAGUAAUUAUAAAUUGAAUUUACACCUCCGGUGUGUCUCUUUCCGUUCUUUUUCAGAUCCAAAACUAGUUUUCAGAAUUCCUCAAUUCCUAUUGGAUCCAGAAAAACAAGCACACAGAAGUAGCUUUUUGUUGUACAUGAUAUCUAGCUUUGGAAGAAAUGUUAGAAUGGCAUUAUACAGACACGGUACAGAAUUAUUACCGGAACGAAGAGAAAUUACUGGUUCCAUAAUCCGGCAUUUUGAUCGAAGUGAUUAUGCUUCAAGGAUCCGCAGAGGGAAGAGAUUUGCUCGAUUAUCAAAGCGUAGACUUACAUUUUGGAUGUUCGUACUAGCAGUGGUGUCUUUGAUUUACUUAUCAGUUUUUGAUGUCAAGUUACCACUUCAUGUAGGUAAAAGAAAUAGCAAUUCGGCCACCACGAGGGAUAGAAGCCAAGAGGGUUCUGGAUUUGAGGGUUUUGAAUUUACGAAACCUAAGCAUCGCAAGCAGCAUUUUCCUUGUGAGGUUAAGUUUCUGGAUUCAGUUGAUAAUGUCAUCGAGCCCCUGGAGCCUGUGAAUUUCGAACAAUUUUCACUUGACUAUGUUGAUAGGGAGGAGAAUUUUGAUGGGAUUGAUGCAUUUGAACCCAGAUUUGGGGGGCACCAGACCCUCGAAGAAAGAGAAAAAACUUUCUACGCUAGGAAUCAAACAAUGCAUUGUGGUUUUGUCAAGGGACCUGAAGGAUCCCCGAGCACGGGGUACGAUUUGGACUGGGAAGACAAGGAAUACAUGAAUACUUGCCACAUUGUUGUAUCGUCUUGCAUUUUUGGAAGCUCUGACUUUUUGAGGAGACCUACAAGCAGGAAGAUUAGUGAAUAUUCGAAGAAGAAUGUUUGUUUUGUCAUGUUUUUGGAUGAACAAACAAUAUUGAAACUAUCUUCCGAGGGGCAUGUGCGAGAUGAUAGGGGAUACAUUGGCUUAUGGAAAAUCGUUAUUGUGAGAAACUUGCCAUAUGUUGACAUGCGGAGAACAGGAAAGGUGCCGAAAUUUUUAUCUCACCGUCUCUUUCCAUCAGCUAGGUUCUCUAUUUGGCUCGAUAGCAAAAUGAGACUCCAUACAGAUCCCAUGCUGAUUCUUGAGUACUUUUUGUUUCGGAACGGAUCUGAAUAUGCUAUUUCGAACCACUAUGAUCGUCAUUGUGUGUGGGAGGAAGUACUCCAAAACAAACGUUUAAACAAGUACAAUCACUCUGCUAUUGAUGAACAGUUCAAUUUUUACCAGUCAGACGGGCUCACUAAAUUUGAUCCAUCUAACUCAAAUACUCUUCUUCCAAGUUAUGUACCUGAAGGUUCAUUCAUUGUGCGUGCCCACACACCAAUGUCAAAUUUAUUUUCGUGCCUUUGGUUCAAUGAAGUCGACCGCUUCACCUCACGAGAUCAACUUAGCUUCGCAUACACUUUCUUGAAAUUGAGGAGGAAGAAUCCUGAUAAACCAUUUUUUCUGAACAUGUUUAAGGACUGUGAACGCAGAGCGCUGGCAAAAUUAUUUCGGCACAGGACUACCGAAUCACCACCACCACCUAGGGGUGCACAUACCCUACCCAUAUCCGCCAAUCCUACCCUACCCGCCAGUGUUUUAACCGUAUCCUACCCUACCCACUAUUUGGCGGGUAGGGUGACGGGUAAAGUUCGAAAUUAUCCUACCCUACCCGCCUACCCGCCUAUUUAUCUAACAGCCGUUAGUAGCCGUUGAUCUUUCUAUUAUUGAUCAUCUUUGCCGUUGGUUUUUUAUUAAUCAACUCAACCUAAAAACUAAAUUCAUUUUCGUUUCAUCUCUUCAUACUUCUCCUCUCUACACAGAAACUCCCAGAACCCUAGAUUGAAAAUCCAGUUUGUUUCUCAAUAAUUAGAAAUCAAAGUUAGAAAUCGAAGAGGAACUCACUCUCAUAUCGAAGAUCGAAACUCACUGUCACAAUCCAUUCAUCGUCCUAACCGAAAUCAAAACGUAUGUAUCAGUAAAAAUCUAAAUAACCAUUUCCAUCUAGUAUAUUUUUUACCUCCAAACACAAGAGUUUCAGGCUUACAGCUAAACUUUAUCUUUGGGGUUUGUCAAUUUUGGGUGCGAGAGGAUUACGGGUGUGUUGUCAGUUCAGCGGGUCCUGCAAACAAACGUUGGGGGUUCUCUUUUGAACCCAGGGUGAGUCUCUCUACAAGAUAGGAUCAUUCAUAGAGUUGUAAAUGUAUUCUGAUGUAAGCACCGAUACGUCGUUCAGUUGUACAAGGUGAUGGGAAGCAAGACAAAGAUUUUUAUCGUUUUGGAGUCAGUCAUCGGAGGGGAGCUCUUUGAAAAAGUUGUAAUUUAUCCAUGAAGUCCCCUGUACCAUGAUUAGAUGCAUGGAGUCUAAGCGUUAUGAUGGGAACACAAGGUCUAAGCGUUGAAUUUAGAUAUAUAGGUUCUCGACACGGUGCCAGCAGUGGUGUCCGGAACCAGCAAAAACACAUCUGUAUGUGUGUAAAUUAAUUUACCACGGAGACUUAAAGUCUGUGCAGGCUUAGUGUGAGCAAACAUGGUUGAGAUUACAGAAGAGAUGUCAACGAGACCUCAUAUUCCCUCUCAAGCUGCAUCUCAAUUUGUGCAACGAAGGGCCAGUACUAUUGCAUCUCCGCCACCUCCACCAUCUUCUCAACUUGAGGUCAGAGAAAGUAAGAAGCGGAAGAGGACAUCUUGGGUAUGGGGGCAUUUUACGACGAGUUUUGAUGAAGAUGGUAUUAAAUGGGGGAAGUGUAACCAUUGUGAAGGCAGGAUGCUUUUGUUUGUUCAUUUUUCCCUAGUUAGAUUGGCAGUACCAUUGGGUACAUAUUUAGAUAGGAUGGCUCUUAUUUGCUGUGUUGUUGCAAGAUUUCAUUUUUGUUUUUUGGGAAGCAUUUUUUGUAUACACGGUCAAGGUAGUAACCAAA